AUGCUUGAAAUUCAACUCAAGACCCCUGCAGAAUUUGUAAGGAGUCCUCCUCCUGGUCCGGCCCCUCUCCAGAGCCUUCUCAACUCUCCCCUCUUUGCAGAGCCCCGCCUCCGGUUCACAAGGCCUCUGCAGGACGUGGAGGGCCGGGAGCAUGGCAUCGCCGUGCUGGAGUGUAAAGUACCCAACUCCCGCAUCCCCACGGCCUGGUUCCGUGAGGACCAGCGGCUGCUGCCCUGCCGCAAGUAUGAGCAGAUCGAAGAGGGCGCUGUCCGGCGCCUCAUCAUCCACAGGCUGAAGGCGGACGAUGACGGCGUCUACCUGUGCGAGAUGAGGGGCCGGGUUCGCACUGUGGCCAAUGUGACGGUCAAAGGGCCCAUCCUGAAGCGGCUGCCCCGGAAGCUCGACGUCCUGGAGGGAGAGAACGCGGUGCUGCUGGUGGAGACACGAGAAGCUGCCGUUGAGGGGUGCUGGAGCCGUGAUGGGGAGGAGCUGCCGGACACCUGCCAGAGCAGCUCGGGCCACAUGCAUGCCCUGGUCCUUCCGGGGGUCACCCGAGAAGAUGCUGGCGAGGUCACCUUUAGGCUGGGCAAUUCCCGUACCACCACUCUGCUCAGAGUCAAAUGUGUCAAGCACAAUCCCCCCGGGCCCCCCGUUUUGGCAGAGAUGUUUAAGGGCCACAAGAACACAGUCCUGCUGACCUGGAAGCCUCCCGAGCCAGCUCCUGAGACCCCCUUCAUCUACCGGCUGGAGCGGCAGGAGGUGGGCUCCGAAGACUGGAUCCAGUGCUUCAGCAUUGAGAAAGCUGGAGCCGUGGAGGUGCCAGGGGACUGUGUGCCCUCCGAGGGUGACUACCGCUUCCGCGUCUGCACUGUAACCGAACACGGCCGCAGUCCCCACGUUGUGUUCCACGGUUCUGCUCACCUGGUGCCCACAGCUCGCCUGGUGGCAGGUCUGGAGGAUGUGCAGGUAUACGACGGGGAAGACGCUGUCUUCUCCCUGGAUCUCUCCACUAUCAUCCAGGGCACCUGGUUCCUUAAUGGGGAAGAGCUCAAGAGUAACGAGCCAGAGGGCCAGGUGGAGCCUUGGGCCCUGCGGUACCGCAUGGAGCAGAAGGGCCUGCAGCACAGACUCAUCCUGCAAGCCGUCAGGCACCAGGACAGCGGGGCCCUGGUUGGCUUCAGCUGCCCUGGCGUGCAGGACUCGGCUGCCCUUACCAUCCAAGAGAGCCCGGUGCACAUCCUGAGCCCUCAGGACAAGGUGUCGUUGACCUUCACCACCUCGGAGCGGGUGGUGCUGACCUGUGAGCUCUCAAGAGCUGACUUCCCAGCAACCUGGUACAAGGACGGGCAGAAGGUGGAGGAGAGUGAGUCGCUGGUGGUAAAGAUGGAUGGACGCAAACACCGCCUGAUCCUGCCCGAGGCCAAAGUACAGGACAGUGGCGAGUUUGAGUGCAGAACGGAAGGGGUCUCAGCCUUCUUCAAUGUCACCGUCCAAGAUCCCCCAGUGCACAUCGUGGACCCCCAGGAGCACGUGUUCGUACAUGCCAUAACCUCUGAGUGCGUCAUGCUGACCUGUGAGGUGGACCAAGAGGACGCCCCCGUGCGCUGGUACAAGGACGGGCAGGAAGUGGAGGAGAGUGACGUCGUGGUGCUGGAGAACGAAGGGCCCCAUCGCCGCUUGGUGCUGCCCGCCGCCCAGCCCCCAGAUGGCGGUGAAUUUCAGUGUGUUGCUGGAGAGGAGCGUGCCUACUUCACCGUCACCAUCACAGACGUCUCCUCGUGGAUCGUGUACCCUAGUGGCAAGGUGUACGUGGCAGCUGUGCGCCUGGAGCGUGUGGUGCUGACCUGUGAGCUCUGCCGGCCCUGGGCCGAGGUGCGCUGGACCAAGGACGGUGAAGAGGUGGUGGAGAGCCCAGCAUUGCUCCUGCAGAAGGAGGACACCAUCCGCCGCCUGGUGCUGCCUGCCGUCCAGCUCGAGGACUCCGGCGAGUACUUGUGUGAAAUCGACGAGGAGUCGGCCUCCUUCACUGUCACUGUCACAGAGCCCCCUGUGCGGAUCACAUACCCCCAGGAUGAGGUGACCUUAAUCGCUGUGAGCUUGGAGUGUGUGGUGCUGACGUGUGAGCUGUCUCGGGAGGAUGCCCCUGUGCGCUGGUACAAGGAUGGGCUGGAGGUGGAAGAGAGCGAGGCCCUGGUGCUGGAGAGCGAUGGGCCCCGCCGCCGCCUAGUGCUGCCCGCUGCCCAGCCUGAGGAUGGGGGCGAGUUCGUGUGCGAUGCCGGAGACGACUCGGCCUUCUUCACUGUCACUGUCACAGCCCCACCAGAGAGGAUUGUGCACCCUGUAGCCCGCUCCCUGGAUCUGCAGUUUGGGGCUCCAGGGCGCGUGGAGCUGCGCUGUGAGGUGGCCCCAGCUGGUUCCCAGGUUCGCUGGUACAAGGACGGACUGGAGGUGGAGGCAUCAGAGGCCCUGCAGCUGGGCGCUGAGGGGCCUGCCCGCACCCUGACUCUGCCCCAUGCCCAGCCUGAGGAUGCCGGGGAGUAUGUGUGUGAGACCCGUGAUGAGGCCGUGACCUUCAACAUCAGCCUGGCCGAGCCCCCAGUGCAGUUCCUUGCCCCAGAGGCAGCGCCCAGCCCUCUGUGUGUGGCCCCCGGGGAGCCAGUGGUGCUGAGCUGUGAACUGUCCCGGGCUGGCGCCCCUGUGUUCUGGAGCCACAACGGGAAGCCGGUGCAGGAAGACAAGGGCUUGGAGCUCCAGGCCGAGGGCCCCCGCCGCAUCCUCUGCAUCCGGGCUGCAGAGCCCCCCCAUGCAGGCAUCUACACCUGCCAGUCUGGGGCAGCCCCAGAGGCCCCAAGCCUCAGCUUCACCGUUCAGAUAGCUGAGCCCCCCGUGCGGGUGGUGGCCCCCGAGGCAGCCCAGACGAGGGUUCGAAGCACCCCAGGUGGGGACCUAGAGCUGAUGGUACACCUCUCCGGGCCAGGGGGCCCUGUGCGCUGGUACAAGGACGGGGAGCGACUGGCAAGUGAGGGGCGGGUGCAGCUGGAGCAGGCCGGGGCCAAGCAGGUUCUGCGGGUGCAGGGGGCACGGAGAGGGGACUCUGGGGAGUACCUGUGCGAUGCGUCCCAGGACAGCCGCAUCUUCCUCGUCAGUGUGGAAGAGCCACCACCGGUGAAGCUGGUCUCAGAGCUGACACCACUAACUGUCCAUGAGGGCGAUGAUGCCACAUUCCGGUGUGAAGUCUCUCCCCCAGAUGCCGACGUCACCUGGCUGCGCAACGGGGACAUUGUCACUCCAGGGCCCCAGCUGGAGAUGGCCCAGAAUGGUGCAAGCCGCACACUGACCGUGCGAAACUGCCAGCUGGAGGAUGCAGGGACCGUGACUGCACGGGCAGGGGGCACGAUCACAAGUGCCCGGCUCCAUGUUCGAGAGACAGAGCUGCUGUUCCUGCGGCGGCUGCAAGAUGUGCGGGCUGAGGAAGGCCAGGACGUGUGCCUCGAAGUGGAGACAGGCCGAGUGGGUGCAGCAGGGGCUGUGCGCUGGGUGCGAGGUGGGGACCCCCUCCCCCUCGACUCUCGCCUGUCCAUGGCCCAGGAUGGCCACAUCCACCGCCUCUUCAUCCAUGGUGUCCUACUGGCUGACCAGGGCACCUAUGGCUGUGAAAGCCACCACGAUCGCACCCUGGCCAGGCUCAGCGUGAGGCCGAGACAACUGAGAGCACUACGGCCUCUGGAGGAUGUGACUGUCACCGAGGGGGACAGCGCCACCUUCCAGCUAGAGCUGUCCCAGGAGGGUGUGACCGGGGAGUGGGCCCGGGGCGGAGUCCGGCUGCAGCCAGGGCCCAAGUGCCACAUCCACGCAGAGGGCCAUAUGCACCGUCUGGUACUGAGCGGCCUGGGCUUGGCCGACUCAGGCUGCGUCUCCUUCACAGUGGAUUCCCUGCGCUGUGCAGCAAGACUCACUGUGAGAGAGAUCCCAGUGACCAUUGUGCGGGGGCCACAGGACCUAGAGGUGACCGAGGGCGACACAGCUACGUUGGAGUGCGAGCUUUCCCAGGCCUUGGCUGAUGUUACCUGGGAGAAGGACGGGCGCGCGCUCACCCCCAGCCCUCGGCUCAGGCUCCAGACCCUUGGCACUCGCCGCCUUCUCCAGCUGCGUCGCUGCGGACUCUCGGACGCCGGGACCUACAGCUGCGCGGCGGGGACGGCCCGCGCCGGGCCCGUCCGCCUGACCGUGCGCGAGCGCGUGUUGUCAAUGCUCUCCGAGCUCCGGUCGGUGCGCGCCCGGGAAGGCAACGGCGCCACGUUCGAGUGCGUCGUGUCGGAGGCAGAGGCCGCCGGGCGCUGGGAGCUCGGGGGCCGUCCGCUGCGAACCGGAGGCCGCGUCCGCAUCCGACAGGAAGGAAAGAAACGCAUUCUGGUGCUGAGCGAGCUGCGCGCCGAGGAUGCGGGUGAAGUCCUCUUCCAGGCGGGACCCGCCCAGUCCUUGGCACUGCUGGAGGUGGAGGCAUUGCCUGUCCAGAUGUGCCGUCGCCCCCCUCGCGAAAAGACGGCUCUGAUUGGCCGCCGGGCGGUGCUGGAGGUGACUGUGUCCCGCUCAGGGGGCCACGUGUGCUGGUUGCGGGAGGGGAUCGAGCUGUGUCCCGGAGACAAGUACGAGAUGCGCAGCCACGGCCCCACCCACAGCCUGGUCAUCCAUGACGUGCGACCUGAGGACCAGGGCACCUACUGCUGCCAGGCCGGCCAAGACAGCGCCCACACCCGGCUGCUGGUGGAGCGUAACUAGAAGGACUGGACCAAGCCAGGCGGGUGUCCUUGGACUGCUUGGAAGGCGUGUGCCCUUACCCUGGGCAGGGGUGGGGAGACAGGGGAACGAGAGGUGCUGGGAAGGAAACAAUAAAGUGCAACAGCUCAUU